GCGGCGGAGGAGCCUUGUGCGCAGCGCUCGCGUGGAUCUCCCGUUGUUGCUCUUUGAGGGGAUGUCACCGUGUCUCAAGUCUGAAUAGUUUUUUAAGAAUAACCCAAAGGGAGAUAAAGUCCUAUACCCUUUUUAAAAAAUUAUCUUUGUCCCUCUUUACCAAUUAAAAAGGAAAAUAAGAGAAAUAGCAGAGAAAAGGGAGAGAAAUAAUAACAUCAUUUUUUUGAGUGUUUUUGUCGUGUGCUGGAUUUGAUCUCGGUCCAAGGAAAUCUUGAGACACGCGUUGUGAGAGAGAGGAAGAGCCUUUCCCCCGGGCGGCGAUCUGUGUUCACGAUGUGGCGGGUGUGUGCGAUAGUGUUAUGUCUAGUGGGUGUUCAGCGCGCGCCCUUGGCCGUCGUCGGGGCGAACACCCAGGCCGAGGACCCCCAGGACCCCGCGGGCUGUGCGCCGCCCCUGGAGUUCCUCGUCCAGCACAACGUGGCGGCCCAGGAGCAUCUGGCACAGCUUCCUAGCAAUGGCUCCACAGUCUGCGGAGGAGGCCAGUGCUGCGUGCCGGAGAUCACGGAGGUGCUUCUGGAGGCCGGCCGCGCCUCCCUCCGCGACGCCGUCAGGUCCACCGCCGGCGACCUGCACCAGACGCUCACCUCGCACAGGGAUAUCUUCUAUGGUGUGGUCGAGAAGGCCCUGAGCAGCAGCGAGCACCGGACCCUGAAGCUGUUCCAGGCGACUUACCCGCGCCUGGCGCCCGCCGCCCGCCCCGUGCUGCGCGAGCUGGUCGCGGCCCUGAAGGCGGCGCUCACCAGCCCCAACGAGAUGGCCCUCGAGCACGCCCUCGGCGCCUUCUGGGACGACCUCUUCGCGCCCGUCUACCACAACGCCCUCCACUCGCGCCUGCCGCCCUUCUCGCAGGUCUACAGUGAGUGCCUGCGGGACGCCCAGCGCACGGUGCAGCCGUGGGGCAUCAUCCCCGCCCUGGUGGGCGAGCCCCUGCUGCGCGGCCUGCGCACGGUGCGCCUCUUCCUGCACUCCCUGGACGUGGGCAUCGAGGUGGUCAACUCCGCCCGCAAGUUCCCGGUGCCGAGCGAGUGCGGCGAGGCGGCCGCGCGCCUGCGCUUCUGCGGCGCCUGCCACGGCACGCUGGCCCCGCCUUGCUUCGGCAUGUGCCUGAACGUGGCCCGCGGGUGCCUGGCGCCCCUCGCCGAGGUGGACGGCGCCUGGGGCGACCUGGCCGGCACGGUGGCCCGCGUGCACGAGUCGCUGCAGGCGGCCAGGCUCUCGCACCUGCUGCACCAGCUGCCCGAGAAGCUGUCCGAGGCCGUGAUGGUGGCGCUCGAGCGAGGACCCAAGCUCCAGAAGAAGGUGCGACGGGAGUGCGGCGCCCCCACGCACUACGAAUCCACUUCCGCUGAGGAGAGCCACACCCAGGAGACGCCAGCCGAGGAGGAGCACAGCGCGGAGGAGCGUGCCACCAGCAGCGUGCUCGAUGCCGCCAGCGCGACCCUGCGAGCGGUGGAGGCGGCCCGCGAGUGGUGGGCUGGCGUCGCCGACAACCACUGCAAGGACCUCCCCGCUAAGGACGACCACUGCUGGAACGGCGUGCGAGUUGCUCCGUACACCAAGAUGACAGCGGGCGUGGGCGUGAGUGCUCAGAAGUACAACUCAGAGGUCCGCGUGGGGCGCCCCGACACCAGUGUCUACGCCUUCGCCGACAGACUGCGAGGAGUUAGAAGGCUCGUGCUCUCCUACCUGACGUGGCUCCCGAAGGCCGACUCCCAGAGGCGCCGCCCCUACUACGACGGCUCUGGGUCCGGCGGCUACGGCAAGGAGUGGAACCAACCCGGAGGCCCUUCUGACGACGAGGACGAAGGGGACUACUUCGGCUCCGGGAACGGCUCAGGGGACGAGGUCUUGCUCACCCCAGCCACGAAAACAGAAGUAACGGACCAGACUCAAGGUGCCUCGGCCGCCCAGCCCGUGAGCUACGUCGCCGUGACUCUCUUCGCCCUGGUCGCCUCCCUCUGCUCCCUCUGGGCCUAGAUCAGCUCCUUCUCUCAACGCUCCACUGAUACCUCAGAUGCUCCCAAAUCAGAAUAAAAUAAGAUAAAAAAGAGGAAACGAAAACACGAAUAAGACCACGACGAAACACCGGAAAGAAAGAAAGGAAGAAAGAAGGAAAGAGAAAUGGAAGAUGAAAGCUAACAACCGCAAUAAGAAGAUUCGUCUAUAGCAAGAUGCCAGACAUAUCUCGUGAGAAAAAAAAAGAAGAAAAAAAGCUGCACUUCAACACGGUUAUUAAGGGUUUCUUUUUCGGCUGUCAUACUUCCAGAACCACAGGGUAUAAUCAGCAGGUUCCUCCAGCGGUUCAAGCAGUCUGUAUAGAUCUUUUUAUCUAUCAUUAGUAUUGUAAAAAAAAAAAAAAAAAAGCGUGUGCGUAGGAUUGGAUUUUAUUUUUAAAGAGAUUUUACCCCAAUGAGUUAAGGGAAGUAUAAGAGCUUGUAGCGGCAGUCACAGAAGAGAUAUGGGAUUUUU